GCGGUUACCCCAAAGAUCAAUGAGAUGGAGGUGGAUCUACAGGGGGAAGUGCAGUUGCUGAAGUCGCUCCGUAUACCACAGGUGAGGGUUGUGAGGGUCUCUCAAAUGAAUGUGGAAGAUGGAAAAGAUUGGGUCCUGCUUGACUCUGGGGCAACACACAGUUUGAGGCCGGCAACAAGUGAUAUCGAGUGGCAAUCAGCUGAAGUCACCGAGGUGCAUCUUGCGGAUGGUGUCACUCAGAGCUUGCGGUUGAAACCUGGGACACGGUGUUUGCUUUCAAGCCCCCAGGAUGAGAACUUCAAAUCAUGGAUUUUGCCGUUGGGUGGCCUCGCUGACAUGGGAUACAGGUUUGAAUGGCCGGGUCAAUCGUCAUGCACACUUCAUGAUCCAGCUGGAGACGGUGUUGAAGUUCGAGUUCAUCAAGGUUGUCCAAUGGUCAGCAAAGACGAUGGAGCAGCACUGAUGAUGAGAUUGGAAAGCUUCUACAUGCGAAUGGUGCAGCGGUGGACGGUCUUGAGCAUGAUAAAGCAAGAUCCCAAGAUGCUGACCAACAAGUUGGACGUGGAGAUGGCUCUGAAUGUCAAGAUGAUGGAACUCUGGCCUUCACUACCUCAGGAGAUUGCAAUGAGGCUGGUGCCCAACAUGGCUGAUGAGCUCACUCAGUUGGAUGGUCUUCGAUGUGAGGUCAGCUUUGACAUGGGCGGGGAUGAUGGGCGCAAAAGCAUGACUAUGGCUGAAAAGUGCGCUGAAUCUCGAACAUGGGCAGAGUGGUCUCAGGGCUUGAAAGCAGCCAUUGUGGUGGCGUUGCGGCAACGACUUCAAGACCAACAUCUUCGACAGCCAAUGCGGAUGUUCUUCAAGAUCAACAACAAGAUGAUCCACAUGCUGCAGCAGAAGCAGCUCCGCUACCAGAUCCCCAUGGUGCCCCUGACAUCUACUUGCCAGAGCGUGAUGAGCAAUCCAGACCAAGUGGCGCUGGCAUGGCACCAUCACGAAGGCUCUGAACUUGUGGCUGAUGGCCUCACAAAGCAACUUUUGGGCCAAAGUUUUGAUCGUUUUUGCGAAGACCUUGGGCUUUGCAAGCAGCUUGCUGACAAGCCAGUGGAGAAAGAGAAAGCGGUGACAACAUCAACUACGAUGGCAACAGGUGUGGCUGUCAAGGUCUUGACAGUGGGUAGCGUGUUGAUGCAGCAUGCGAAAGCGAUGUCAAAUGCAACUGCAGUCGGUGAUGAAGAUCUGACGGCGCUAUGGACGACUGGCAUAAUCCUGAUGGUGAUGGGAGCAAUCUACGUGAUGCAGCUGAUGGCCAAAGGUGUUCAUUGCUGUAUGAGAAGAUUGUGGGCAUCGGGCAGCCAAGUCCGUAGUGAAGCGUUGGCUAGCACUUCAACGACUGUGGGGUAUGAAACAUCAGAAGAAGAAAUGUCAGCUGGAUUCAGUGAAAUCUCUGCUCAACAUUUGCGAAGACGAGUUUUCGGAGAGGAAGCUGGUGAUAGCGAGACACAAAGAAUGAGGACACAAUCGGGCUCGCAUGGAGCAUCUUCGAGCAUGGAUGUGUCUGCGACUAUGACUUUGCAGAGCAUGCCACGAUCGGGCUCUGCAGCAUCUAUGACUUUGCAGAGCACACCACAGUCGGGCUCUGCAGCAUCUUUGACUUUGCGGAGCGUGCCACACUCGGGCUUUCAAGCAUCUACAUCGAACCAAAGCACUUCACAGUCGGGCUCCCAAGAGCAGAGCACUUCAACAUUGGGUAUGACUCGACGAUCGGGCGUAGCAUUGGCAGCUGAGUCCAGUAGUGCAGCGAUUGGAGGUGAGAUGUCAGAGCCUCGUAGUGUAGGAGACUCUUCGCCAGCCGAGCCGUCACAUCAGGGUCAGCUCCAGCCACCUUACCAUCUCGACUUUGGAACCUAG